AUGAGCACCCCAGGUUCUAUCUCAGCGCGAGAUGACAUUGCAAUUGUUGGAUACUCUUUCAGGCUCCCACAAGAUGUGAACGACGACCAGUCGUUCUGGGAGGUUCUAGAGAACCGCCGGAAUCUUAGAACAGAUUGGCCGGCAACCCGCGCCAAUCCAGCUUCAUUUUUGAACAAUAAAUUGAUAAAAUUCCCUGCAAAAGGUGGUCAUUUCCUCAAUGAGGACCUUGGCGCUUUUGAUGCGCCCUUUUUCUCGGUCACGGCGCAGGAGGCGGCGGCGAUGGAUCCCAUGCAGCGAUGGACCUUGGAGGAGUCAUAUCGGGCUUUUGAGAAAGCUGGGAUACCUGUUGAGAAGCUGAGGGGCUCUCGUACUGCAGUUUUCUCGGCUUCAAUGCUGGAAGAUAAUGCCCGUCUGGUGGCCAUGGACCCAGAGAAUACAGAGCGGACAGCUGCCACAGGAAGUUCCGUUGCAUGUGUCGUUCCCAACCGAGUGAGCUGGUACUUUGAUCUGCGUGGACCUAGCAUCCAUGUCAAUACAGCCUGCUCAGGUAGCUUAUCGGCAGUUGACAUGGCCUGUAAAGCAUUGUGGAGCGGUGAUGCCUCUUGUGCUCUUGUCACUGGAUGCAAUCUGCUCUUAGAUCCUUCGAUUUUCCAAAUAUUAGCUAACCAAAACUUCCUCUCUCCUGAUAGCCUUUGCUAUAGCUUUGAUGAGCGUGCCAAUGGAUACGCCAGAGGAGAGGGGACAUUGGCUCUUGUCCUUAAGCCCGUAUCUGCGGCAAUUGAAGAUGGUGACAUGAUCCGGGCCGUUAUCCGCUCAACAGGCUCAAAUCAAGAUGGCCACACUCCUGUGCUUACGCAGCCCAGCCCUCAAUCACAAGAAGAAUUAAUUCGUCAUGUCUACAAGCAGGCCGGUUUAUCAUUCCAUGAGACGCGAUAUGUCGAAGCCCAUGGGACGGGAACACCCGUGGGUGAUCCGAUUGAGAUGAGAGCUAUUGGCAGGGUUUUCCGAAAAAGUCGAACUGCCGAUGAGCCUCUUUACGUUGGAUCUGUGAAGGCAAAUAUCGGACAUCUCGAAGGGGCCAGCGCACUUGCAAGCUUGGUCAAAUCUAUCUUGAUUCUGGAAAAGGGCAUUAUUCCACCCAAUGCUCUUUUUGAAAAGAUCAAUCCUGCCAUUGAUGUGGAUUUUUUUAAAAUCAAGGUCCCAGUACAAAGUGUUCCGUGGCCAAGUGAAGGCCUACGUCGAAUCUCUGUCAACUCCUUUGGGUUCGGAGGCUCUAACACCCAUGUUGUUCUCGAUGAUGCUCUUCAUUACAUGCAGCAGCGAGGCCUAGCUGGUAACCACUGCACGGCUCUGCUCCCCGGUACUCUGACAAGGGUUGUUAGCAUCUCCAAUACGAGGACCCAAUCCGGUUAUGAAGAUGGGAACCACGACGAUCAUAGAGUUAUCGAUGGGACAUCUUUUGUCAAAGGAACUACGUACACUAAUGGGUCGACGCAUUUGAAUGGAGACGGGGCAAUCUCACUCAUGAACGGCCAUGACAAGAGCCUGAGCGUUGCCGCACGUCAGCCCAAGCUGCUUGUCUGGUCCGCCGCCGAUCAGAAAGCGGUAGAGAGAAUGCUUGAGAGCUACGAGGUCUCUAGCACAGAUCUAGGCCUCGAUGACCCGUCCAAGCUUGAUCAUCUAGUAUUUACCCUUGCUUCACGGCGAAGUCGGAUGUUAUGGAGAGCUUUCUCGGUCUUCCCAGAUUCAAAUGUCGGCCAAGGAGGAAAGGCUCUUUCGCCAGUUAAACCGGUUCGAAGUUCGACCGACACCGGGCUCGCUUUUGUGUUCACUGGACAAGGUGCCCAGUAUGUGGGCAUGGGAUGGGAUCUGCUUGCCUAUCCAAUAUUUGCCCAGACUCUAAGACAAAUUGAUGAGGUAUAUCACAGCCUGGGAUCCAGAUGGUCACUUUUUGAUGAGCUCCGCCAUGGAAAGAACAUCGAUAAACCCGAAUAUAGUCAGCCUAUCUGUACUGCUAUUCAAAUUGCUCUUGUAGAGCUACUUGAGAGCUUUGGUAUUGUGCCAAAGGCGGUUGUGGGUCACUCGUCCGGCGAGAUUGCUGCUGCAUAUACAAUUGGGGCUCUUUCUCUACUUUCAGCGUGCAAGGUCGCCUUUUUCCGAGGAAAGCUGACUAGCAGCGGUGCCGUUUCCCCGGGGGCUAUGCUAUCGAUAAACGUGGCUAAACCUGAAGUGCCACAAUAUCUCAUGCGUGUUGGGGAAGGAGUAACAAGCCAAUUGUCCGUGGCUUGUAUCAAUAGCCCCUUCAAUUGCACCCUUUCAGGUCCAGAAGAGGACAUCGACGCGGUGAAAGCCCAAGCAGAUCAGGAUGGCAUAUUUGCACAGAAACUUAAGACAGGCGUCGCGUACCACUCAGCCGCAAUGAACGCAAUUGCAGAUGAGUAUUUGACGUUGAUUGGGACGAUCGAGGGCGCAGAUCGACAAACGAGUAAAGUAACGGCCCGGAUCCAAAUGGUUUCGUCAGUGUCGGGAAAGGCCAUUCGCCAGGACGAUUUGGCCGAUGCUCAAUACUGGGCGAACAAUCUUAUUUCUCCAGUUCAAUUUGCCGACGCCAUCCAGCUACUUACGCAGUGGUCGUCGACUCUGAAAAUUGGCAUGGGAAGCGUAACAGAUCUUAUUGAAAUCGGCCCUCAUGCAGCGCUCAAGAGGCCUAUCAAUGACACAAUCCAGCAGGUCGCCAAUCGGAAAAGGGAGAUUCGAUAUCUCCAUGUCCUCCAUAGGUCUCAUCCUGCGGUCCAGACCACUCUCGAGCUUGCUGGUCAACUAUUUUGCCUUGGUCACAAAAUCUCCUUGCCCGCAGUAAACAGACAAUUAGCCAACACGCGCCCACCGUUCCUUGUGAAUUGUCCCACAUACCCCUUUGAUAGAUCACGUCUGUACUGGACCGAGUCACGCAUCAGUCGAGAUUUCAGAUUGAGAGGUGUUGUCUCCGGAGACACACUAGGGGUCCGAGUAUCCGAUUGGAAUCCCUUGGAGCCCAGGUGGAGAAAUUUCUUGAGCACCGAGUCUACCCCAUGGAUCAGAGACCACAAGAUGACAGACACUGUGCUCUACCCGGCCGCGGGUAUGUUGAUCAUGGCCAUUGAGGCGGUUCAACAAAUGGUGCCUAUUGACCGAAAAGUACGAGGAUACCUCGUGAAACUGGCUGAGUUUAUGAGCCCUAUCAUUGUACCACAGACUUGGGAAGAGCGCACUGAGACCCAAGUCCGUUUGCGACUGGUAAAGGGCUCACAAAAUGACAACACUUCCUUGUUUGAUGUAGCAGUCUUUUCUUAUUCACGGGGCACGUGGACGGAGUGCUGUAAUGCAAAUAUCAUGGCCGAAUAUAGCGAGGAUUCGCUUGGCACUACCGUCGAUGAAGGUCUUCAGGCCAUGCAUAAAUCUGCAGUUUUAUCUUGCAGUCGUCCGCUCGACUCAAAGGCCCUGUACAAAGAUGCGGCUGAGUACGGGCUUCAGUAUGGAGGAAUGUUUCAACUGCUACAGGAUGUUUGCUGGGAUGGCAAAAAUACCGCUUUGGCACGCGUUGAUGUGACCAAGAAAAGAUUUGAGACAGGAAGCCUAGUGCAUCCAGCAAUCUUGGACCAGGCAUUCCAGGUCCUGCGAGUGGCUUCCGGGCAGCAAGAAGCUGCCAAUGUUCCUGUUCGCCUUGUGGACGCAUGGUUCGCACCCUCUGGCUGGCAAUUUCCACAAAAUAGCUCCAUUCAAUGGUUUGCGACGUCACACACCACUGCCCGUGGCGAUCAUGUCACCGUUGAUGGAGAACAGGGCAGUAUAUAUGCCCUCGCCGAGAACGGAGCAACUUUAUGUCGGAUUCAACAGGCUAAUAUGGCAACUGUAUCAAAGAAUUCUGAAGAAAAAGGUAAGAAGUUGCUAUACAGUAUCGACUGGAAGCCACACCUGAGCCUACUUGACUCCAAACAACUAUCUCACCUGUACCCUGCGGAUACCAAGACUGACGAGACUGCAAUGCUGGUCAAUUAUCGCAAGUUAUGUUCACUAUUGGAUACUGUGGCAGCGCAGGCUGUGAGAGGCUUGGAUCGCGCUCAGGUUCCGGAAAAUCUACGUCGUCAUCUUGAAUGGCUUGACUUCCACGUUAAAAGGUUGCCGCCAUCCCAGCAAGAAGAGGCCUACCGGGUGAGUAACAUGGAGAUCGAGGCCCGCGUGGAUGAUAUCGAAAGAGUUCUUCCAACCUGGAAGCUAUACACCGUAUGCGCCCAAAAGCUACCAGAGAUACUCAGCGGAAAGAUAGACCCUCUUGAAGUAAUCUUCAAAUAUGAUCUGGCGGAUACCUUCUAUGCUGGACUUUUUGAGAACAUAUGUGCCGAUGGGCGACUUGCCGGUAUUUUGGGGUUGAUUGCACAUGAAAACCCAGCAAUGCGAGUUCUCGAGAUUGGUGCUGGUACAGGAGGUAUGACUGCCCAAGUCCUCGCAGCCUUGGAAGAGCGUGAGAAUCGAAUCGGAGCUCCCAGCUUCGCUGAAUAUAGCUACACGGAUAUCUCGCCCAUGUUUCUGGAACGCGCAAAAUCCCGCUGGCCUCGCUUCCAGGCUGAGGGUCGAUUGAAUUUCCAAACACUGGAUAUUGUCCAGGGAAUUGAGAAUCAAGGCUUCCAACCAGCUUCCUAUGACUUAAUUAUCGCCGCCAGUGUCCUUCACGCGACACCAAACCUCGAAGCUACAAUCCAGCAUGUCCGCAAGGCGUUGAAGCCUGGCGGUCGCCUUAUAUUGCUUGAAGCAAUCAAGCCAGAGGAUGUCGCCACCAAUUUCAUGGCUGGUUUGGUACCUGGUUGGUGGGUCUCUCGCGACAAAUGGCGGCCUCACUCGCCCGCUGUAUCUGAAGCCGUAUGGGACCGCUGUCUAAGCGAAAAUGGCUUCUCUGGGAAUGACAUGAUCAUUCGGGACUACAAUAGUGAGGACUGUCAUGUGGUGAGUAUCAUUCUCAGCACCGCUGUUGAAGAACCACAAUAUCCUAUCGUGCCCAGGGUGGAUGCCAGCAACCUUGUACUGGUGGUCGAUAAGAAUCCGUCCGAGAAGCAACUACUGCUGGCCAAAUCAGUACGGGACUCUUUGGAUCCUCAAGAGGAGUUCGAACCCCGAAUUUGCUCCUUCUCUGCAGAGGACCUCCCACAGUCCCUCGCAAAUUCUGACGAUGACAUUGUUGUCUGUUUAGUCGAAGUUAGCCGGCCCUUGCUCGCUAAUUUGUCUGAGGAGACCUUCAAAGCCCUGCGGCAGUUGAUUCACAACACGCCCAGGCUCUUGUGGGUGACAUCUUCAGGUGCCAGCACGGCUGAUGGCCCCGAAUAUAGCGUAAUUCAAGGCUUUUUGCGCUCUAUUCGCGCCGAACAACCCUCUAGUCACCUCGUCAGUCUCAAUAUUGAAGGCGAGGCCGAUGGUAUUGCUUGUGCAAGUGCUAUCGUCAAGGUUGUUGAAACCUCUUUCGGCUCUCCAUCGUCCCAGGAGCUGGAGUAUGUCUUCAAGGACGGAAUUUUCAUGACCGCCCGAGUCAUCGAAGAUGUCGCGGGUAACGAAAGAAUACAUCCGCUUCUUUUGCCGCAGCUCACACAUGAGCCCUGGGCCAAAACAGGGGCCUUGAGGCUUUCAUUGAACACCGAGAUACCUCAAAAGUCUACAAUCUUUGUUCAGGACACCGUUCACAAAUCUCCUCUUGGCCCUCACGAGGUUGAGAUCCACGCAGAUACUUGGAGUUUCAUGGAAGGGGACAUUCGUAGCGCUAUCGAUCGAACAAAAGAUGAUCUCUUUGGAGGAAACUGCGGUGGCGUGGUCACUCGAGUUGGCAGUGAAUGCAACAAUUCCUUCCAGAUAGGCGAUCGUGUUUGUGUAUCAGAUCUCGAUUGCAUGCGCAAGUAUCCUCGCUCCCACGAGACCAACUUCGUCAAAAUUCCCGAGAAGCUCUCUAUCGAAGCAGCCACGUCAGUUUUCCACCCGGCAAUUCUUGCCUACCAUUCUCUAAUCGAUAUCGCACGACUUGGCGAGCGAGACACAAUCCUUAUCCAUUGGGCUGCCAGCAGUGUGGGCCAGAUUGCAGUUCAAAUAGCGCAGAAGCAAAAGGCUCAGGUCUAUGCGACCACAUCAUCAUUGGAAGAAAAGCGUUUCCUCAUAGAGACUCUAGGGAUACCAGGUGGGGACAUUUUUGAUGGCCAGGAUGCGACAUUUGGAGCAGAUGUUGUACGUGCUACUGAGGGAGAGGGUGUCGAUGUCGUCCUGAAUUCCUUGGUGGGAGAGGAUUCGCUGCGAGGAUAUUCCCAGUGCCUGGCACUCGGUGGCAGAUUCAUCGAGAUCAGCCAUGCAGGUAUCGAGGCCAAGCUCAAUCUUCCACACGAGUUCUUCGCCAGAAAUAUCACUGCCUCAGUCGUUGACCCCACGCGACUCCGUCCGAAACCAUUAUCUCGUCUAUUGAAGACUGUCAUGACGCUGAUCGAAAAUGGCGAGAUACAGAUUUUACGACCGGUACCAGUGUAUAAAGUGUCGCAGCUUGAACGGAUCCACAAGAAGAUUCAAGAUAAAGAGCCAAUGAGCCAGAUCGUGGUCACCGCAAGUCCUGACGAUAUUGUCCCGCAAUUUGUUAAAGAGCAACCAACAUGGGAGUUUGACAAGUCCGCAUCUUACCUGGUUGCUGGAGGGUUUGGUGGCAUUGGGCGGGCCAUUUUGCAGUGGAUGGCGGACAGGGGAGCCAAGCAUCUGAUUGUGCCAUCGCGAUCAGGAGCAAUUUCCAAGGCUGCAGCUGAGGUAGUCGCCCAGCUGACUGCUCAAGAAGUAACUAUUGUUGCUCCCCAAUGUGAUGUCUCGUCUGAAACAAGUCUAUCGCACGUGCUAGCUGAAUGUGCACGAACUAUGCCACCCAUCAGGGGUUGCAUCAACGCAGCGAUGGUUUUGCAAGACGGCAUCUUCCAGGAAAAUAUGACAUUCACCAAAUGGGACUUGACAAUUCGAUCGAAAGUACAGACCUCAUGGAACCUGCAUCGCUUGCUACCUGAAAGUCUUGAUUUCUUCAUCCUCCUUUCGUCUCUUGCUGGUGUGGUUGGUCAAAUGGCCAGCUCCAAUUAUGCUGGAGGUUGUGCGUUCCAGGAUGCAUUGGCACGGUAUCGAGUUUCUCGGGGUCAAUUAGCGGUUUCGAUUGAUAUCGGCUGGAUGCGCAAUAUUGGCAUUAUUGCAGAAACAGGCGCCUAUCAGCGCCAGCGGCUGGCUGCAGAUGACAUGCGGCCAAUCGAUGGGGCCGAGCUCCUUGCAUUGUUGACUAUCUGCUGCCGCCCGGAUGCUCCACAACGAUCACCAUCUGAAAGUCAGGUUCUGUUUGGUCUUCGGACUCCAGCUGAUCAUCUGGCUCAAGGCCGCGUUCCGCCUGCUCUGCUCGACCGGCCGUUGCUGGCAGCAUUUUCAUAUAUUGCAGGCUCUGAUAUUACCCCUGACCAGGAUUCUCUGAAGCAGAUAGUUACUAACCCCGCUACUCUGUUCCGGCAGUCAUCGGACUCGACUGAACGUAUUCGGAUUGUUCACCGCGCGUUGGCCGACAAGCUGGCAGGUGCGAUGUCUAUCUCGUCCGAUGAUGUCGAGCCGAGCAAGCCCCUAUCCACCUAUGGUGUUGAUUCCCUGAUGGCGGUGGAUCUGCGGAAUUGGAUUGGUAAAACAUUUGGCGCCACCGUAGCCGUGUUUGACAUCAUGGGUGGGGUGUCUAUUGCCAGUAUUGCCGAUUUGGUGGUUGCGAAGAGCACAGUCUAA